AUGGCUUUCCACAGGCACACAGGGCCUGGCAGCUACACCGUGGGCACCAUGUCGGAGCGCUUCGACUGCCACUACUGCCGCGACCCGCUGCAGGGCAAGAAGUACGUGCAGAAGGAGGGGAGGCACUGCUGCGUCAAGUGCUUCGAGAAGUUCUGUGCCAACACCUGCACCGAGUGCAAGAAACCCAUUGGGGCCGACUCCAAGGAGCUGCAUUUCAAGAACCGCUACUGGCACGACAACUGCUUCCGCUGCUUCAAGUGCUACACAUCCCUGGUCAACGAGCCCUUCAUGCUGAGGGAGAACAACAAGGUUUGGUGCAGCAACUGCACAGCUGCUGAGGAUGCACCCAGGUGUAAGGGCUGCUUCAAGCCCAUUAUUGCAGGAGACCAAAAUGUUGAGUACAAGAAGAUGGUCUGGCACAAGGACUGCUUCACCUGCAGCCAGUGCAAGCAAGUGAUUGGAUCUGGGAGCUUCUUCCCCAAGGGUGAUGAAUUCUACUGCGUCUCCUGCCAUGAGCACAAGUUUGCCAAAACCUGUGCUAAGUGCAAGAAUCCCAUCACUUCUGGAGGCCUCACUUACCAGGAACAGCCUUGGCAUUCUGAGUGUUUCAUUUGCUCCAACUGCAAGAAGCAACUGGGUGGGAAGCGCUUCACAGCUGUGGAGGAUCAGUUUUACUGUGUUGAAUGCUACAAGGAGUGUGUUGCCAAGAAGUGUGCUGGAUGCAAGAAUCCCAUUACAGCAGGAUUUGGAAGAGGAACCAGUGUGGUUAACUACGAAGAUGAAUCCUGGCACGAUUACUGUUUCAAAUGCACAAAGUGUGCCCGUGGUCUGGCCAACAAGCGUUUUGUUUGCCAUAAUGGAAAAAUUUAUUGUGCUGAGUGUCCCAAACGACUGUAA